UGACUACAUACCACAAAGAGACGCGAGCCGCCGCGACAACGCAAACAGAUUACUUCGGCGCGCAUUUCUCACGUGCAUUUUCGCGCGUUACGUUACCGCUGUCAACGAGAGCCCGACACGCUCGAAGAAUUCGAUUUUCGGUAAACCUUGUAACGAGCAUUCGACAAUCGGGGACGACGGAAAAUAGGAAGAAAUUAGAACGCAUUUUGUGUCGCAGCCGUAGCAGCAGUAGCAGCAGUAGUAGUAGAGAACAGCAGCAACAGCAGGCAGCGUCUUUUCAGGAAGAAUGGCAUCGUUGAAAAGUGUCAAGGCGAGCAAGAUGGAAACCAUGACUAGAAGCUGGACAGCGAAACCGAUUCUAGGCGCGGAUUUCGCGGAAGAGCUUCCGUUGCAGGAGGUUUACGUGGGUAUCUUGAAGCGACGGAAGGACACGUCCAUCGCGAUCCAGAGUAUAUCCGCCAUUUUGCCGGGAUUCAGUCAUCUGAAGCGCUGUUUCAACGGCAAGUUGCUUCUAGCCCCGCUUCGUUCGGGUGAAGCAAAUGACGAAGAGAACGUUAAUCUCGAUGAAGAUGAUCUCAAGGACCAGCUGAAGGAACGAGGAUUCGAUCUCUCCCUAUUCGAGGACAAGUUCCAGGUGACGAAGGUGCCAGCCAAGGCACCGAGAACAAAGUUUCAAGCCAGCGCAGCCUCGAAGAUCUGGCCAGUGAACUUCCAUCCCGACCAGACUAUCGAGAGUUUGAUUGACGGCUCAAUCUUCGACGACGAUUGCUUGCACGCGAUCGAGCGGAUCAUGUCAUUGGUAAUAGAGGCCGCCAAGCUGGAGGCGGUCGGCGACGUACAUUGCACCGGUGCCGCAGCGGUCGUCGAUCCCGCGGACGGAAGAAUCCUGGCGGUGUCCGCGGCGAGGACCGAUCGGCAUCCUAUGUGGCAUGCCGCCAUGCUGGCGGUGGAUCUCGUUGCCAGACUUCACGGUGGCGGUGCAUGGCGUUUGAAGGACGAAGAAACUCGCGACGUCGAUCUCACAAAGAGACGUACGGAUGACGAAGAAACACUCGGCGACGAGAAGAUAGACUCGAACACCGACACUGAAGAUCGGAACUUCAAGGAUCGAUUAAAAAAGAUCAAGAGAAAGUAUGAGGAGGAAACGCCGCUUUGUUACCCGACGUCUCUAUCCUCGCUUACGUUUCCCACGCAAACGCCGCUCGAGACGCGGGUCAGGCAAAAGGGACGGAGAAACGACAACGCCGAGGUCGAGGAUUCGCAGCAGCAAAAAAAAUGCGAAAAUAUCACAGAGAAGUGCGGACCGUAUCUCUGCACGGGUUAUUGGGUGUUUCUAUUGAUGGAGCCGUGUCCUAUGUGCGCCAUGGCGUUGCUGCAUUCCAGAGUCGCGCGGAUUUUCUACGGCGCGGUCAAUCAGAAAGUCGGCGUCUUGGGCACCAAUGCGGUUUUGCACACGGUACCGGGUCUGAACCAUCGAUACCGAGUCUGGAGCGGUAUCCUGGAACGAGAGUGCCGGCAAACAGUGAAAGAAAUCAAUGGUCGCAGAAGUCUCGAAUGACGGAUUCGACAUGGAUCUUUUGUUAAAGAUAAUAACGCGUCAAGUGUAGUUGCAUAGUCACAAUUGGUCACGACAGUGGCUGCGGAAAUAAUUGAAGAUGCUAAUAUCGCGAGGUCGGACAAAAGAAAAGAUAAACAAAAGCGAAGUAUGCUCUGCAUAUUUUCGUUCCUACUGAUGAUUUCUAGCGCGCGCGCGCGAUUUACGUUAUCUUUUCAUAUAAAAUGACAUUAUAAUGAGACUCUAAUUAAACAUUAUUUCUUAUGUAACACAUUGUACGUAUAUAUUCAUAAAAAAUAAAUUUAUUUUAAUUAGGGAAAGUACAAUCGUGAUACUUGUCAAUACAUCGAGACUGAUUCAAUAUAUACUCUCUUAUUGUAUUCCCGUAAUUAUCUCAAAAAAAUAAUUGUAUUUAUUAUUUAGUCAUCUUUUGACAUUUUCGAUUAAAUGUUUCUUAGACAAGCUGAUUAUUUCAUAUUAUUCAUCUCGGCGGAUUAUCUUUUCGAUUCAUCGGUCGCACGGUUACAGUUUUCUCAUACACGUUGCAACCGGUUUUAUAAUUUCAAUCGAAAGCAAGACGACGCAAAAGACUUAACACGUGGUAUAGACGUGCAUUCGGCCAUAACGACUUAAGACGUACACGUGACCUUGCGCGUGUGUGUCGCAUCUGCUGCCGCUUCUUGGUGUGCAUGGCGAAUUAACACUUGUGUUUGCCAGCACACAACAUGACGUGCCAUCAUUUUCCGAAAAUUGUUAAAAUCAUUUCUAUACAUAUAUUUUUCUGUUUUUUUUUUGACUUGCGAUGACGAAAAGUGUAUUAUCUUGUGGCGCGAAGACGACAGUCUGUUUCCGAAAUACUUGAGCCCUAUUAGUCAAGAUUUCAUUCUUUUAUUUUCCAUCAGCAAAAUUCUUUAUUUUAAAAAGAAAAUUUAUUAUGUAAAAGAAAAAACUUUAUACUACAAUUUAAAAUCAAAUCAAUUAAUUAAGCUAAUUUAAACUAUAAUAUCGGCCAUUAUUACGUGAAGCGUAAGGGUUCUUUUAUAGAAAAUUUAAUUUUUGGCAAUUGUUCACAUAUAAAACAAACCCAAAAAUGUUACACUCAUUAUCACACGUUACAUCCAUUAUUCGAUAAAGCACAAUUAAUUCCGCGUGUAUCAUCGUAAAUCAUCGACAUGAUUUACAGUUUAAUUCACAUUUUGCGUGGUGAUCGCGUCAUCUAUCUCAAGGGCAAAUAAUGUUUCUUCGCGACAAUAAUAUAUAACCUUAUUUACUGAUUAUUUUUUUUCUCUCACAGAAUUUUUAGACACGCUUACCGCAAUUAUUUCUCACCAAAAUGUUGAUCUCAAGCGCGGGUUUGCGUGUACAGAUAACAUCUAUCGCGUUGCAAAAGACACCUGGUAUAACGCUUUAGUAUCAAAUGUACGCAUUGUAUCGCGAUAAAAUUUGGCGAAUCUCUUACGAAUAUUGUCGCGCGAUUUAAUACUUACAAUCCAACCGAUAAUACGGUUUAAUGACACUUGAAAGCAUACAACACGGUCUUUGGAAGGUGACAAUAAUUAAUUAAGAGAGCAUUUAUUUGAUGUUCUUACGUCAGUGCCAUGACGGAGUACAUUGUGCGCGCGUUUCUGCAAAUAGGUAUUGCGCCUUUUCAAAUUAUUGACGCGUUUGCAAAAACUAGUUCUUAUAGAUUAUGCUAAUAUUAUAUGUUCGCUGUUUUAAGUCAACAUGAAUGUUUGUUCAACAACUGGUGAACUGGUUUUAAUUCCUAGCAUCUUAAAGUUAUAUUAAUUAAGCUUGUAUUUGAGCAGAUAUGUGAUUGCUUCUAUAUAAAAUCGCAAAUUAAUUUUUAAAACAUUUAAUAAAAAUAAGAAAUAAUAAUAAAGAAUUUGAUAAAGAAAGAUUUUCUCUGUAUCGCAAUAAUGAUAAAAUAUUCACAAUGAUAAAUCAUAUUAUUUUAUUAUUAAUAUUCCGCCGGCGAAUAGCAAUUGUUUUUGCUGGAUAUAAUUUUACGCUAAUUUUCCAGUUUUUUGUUUGUGUAUAAUUUCUAAUGUUAUAAUUCAAACUAUGGUUUUUAUUG